AUGUAUAAAGUUAGGAAUGUUUUGACUCUUCUUUUGUAUUUUACUACAAUUUUAACUUUUAUUAUUUCGGUUUUUUUAAUUAAAAAAGCCAAGGAAAGAGCAAAAACUUUAAAUGCUGACAAUACAACUAGACAACAAAGAAGUGUUCGGAAACGGUUUAAAUUUCCAAUGAUUAAGCUAACAUUGGGUGUAACAACAUUUACAAUUUUUCAUUUUCCUUAUGCAAUUUGGAAUGUUGCUUUAACAUUUGCCGAUGGAUGUUAUUUUGUUUUACAUUAUAAUAAAAUGCAGUCUUUGUUGGGAAUUAUUAGAUCAAUUGUUCUUUUGAGAAUUAUUGUUGAUUCUUUUUUGGGAUUUUUUAUGGACAAAGAGAUUCGGCACCAAUUAUUUACUUUACUACACCUUCACCGUAUAGGGAUAACUACUUCAGAAUUAUUCAGUCCAACCACAACAGUUAAAUUAUCCACAACAACAAAUUCAAUAAUAAUUUCCUCAGAAUCAACCCCUGACAGUUUUGACACAGUAACAAAUUUGGACGAAAAAUUAAAAUCAUUAAAAGAACAAAAAAGGACUGUCUCGGCCAGAAUUUCUUCAGAAAAAGUUUUAAAUAGUCAGCACAGAAGGUGUUCUGAUAAAUCAGAAUAUGCAAAUACUAAAAAAGUUAAAUUCUGA